AUGGACGACAGAAAAUGUUAUCAAUGCACUCAUGCUUUAAUUACUCCUCACGAUUGCAAACUAAAGAUAUAAAACUUAUAAUGAAUACUGAUUUUGUUUAUAUAAAAAAAUAAAUCAAUUAAAUUUCAUAUUAAAUAACCCCAUUCAUUAAAAUCCCUAUAUGCAAUAGCUGCAAAUUGCCUGGACACAUUUCAAAAUUUUGUCCCUGAAGAGCAACUUCUAAAUCCACCUAUGAUGGCACCUUAUGUAGCCUUUGCCAAGCAAGAGGUCAUACCCCUUCGCUCUGCCUUAAAAGAACUUAUCCUUUCUCCUCCAAGCAAUUCUGUAACCUCGAAAAUAUAAGAUGUUACGUCUGCAAGCAGACUGGCCACUUAAACUGCCUAGAUGAAGCUCCUCACAGUCCUUUGCUAUCUGAGUCCUCCCAUGGUGACUAA